AUGUUCAAAUCAGUGGCACUCUUGGCUUUUGCCACAGCCAUUGCGGCCCGAAAAUGUCACGACCUCACCAUUCCAAUCUCCAUUUCAGCUCGAAACGCCGUCUUUGACCUUCCACCUCUUGUGUCAGAGCUUGAUGUCACUACCUUCUUUCUUGAUCUUGUUCGGUCAGGUGUCAAUGCCACCGAUAGAUUUCUAACAGGAUAUAAAACUGUCAGCGGCCAUUACAAUAUCGCCGCCACCUACUGCCAGCCAGACCAUGGCCCGGGUAAAACCCUUCAGAUCUUGACACACGGCGUUGGUUUCGACCGCAGCUACUGGGAUUACCCCUAUGACCACUACAACUAUAGCUACGUUGCCGAAGCCGUUGACGAGCAUGGUUACUCGACCUUUACCUGGGACCGCCUCGGUGUUGGCGCCUCCUCCAAGGGCAACCCAAUCAAUGAGAUCCAAAUGUUCCUUGAGGUUUCUGCUCUCACAGAGCUCUCAACACUGCUUCGCAAAGGCUCUGUGAAGGGGAUCAAUGCUAAAUUCGACAAAUUUGUCCACGCUGGCCAUUCCUUUGGAUCCGCCAUAACCUACAACUUCGUCAACGCCAACCCUACCUUUAGCGAUGCUGCCAUCUUGACCGGUUUCAGCCAGAACCCAAACUUCAUCAGCGGCUUCGCCCUCGGAGGCAAUUUCAAGCCUGUAAAGGAGGUCCCUUCCCAAGCUGCCAAGUACCCCACUGGCUACAUUACGGUGCCGUCAAGUACUGGCGUCAAUAUUCAGUUCUUUGCUCCCCAUGACUUCGAUCCUAAGCUACUCACAUAUGUCGCUUCACACGGCCAUGCCACUACCCCCGGCGAGAUACUUACCGUCGGCUCUGGUACUGGUGCUGUCAACACCUUCAAGGGCCACCUUCUCAUCGUCACAGGAAAUGAGGACGUGCCUUUUUGCGGCGGCAACUGCUCGGACACGACCACUAUUCAGGGAACUUUCCCCAAUCUCAUUUCCUUCUCCCAACAAUUGUUUCCCCAUGCCUCACGCUUCAAGGCAAGUGUCAUUCCUGGAGCUGGCCACGGCCUCAACUUGGGAUACUCGCACAAGCUCGCAUACAACUCCAUAUUCGACUUUCUUGAAUCUUCUUGUUAG